AUGUUUUCCACGUUCACGGGCAAUUCGAGACGUCCUCGAAACGUCAACCUCAGUGGUUCCGCGGGCAACCCCUUUGCCAACACUUCAUGGAGCCCAUCCGCCGUCUCCAACGCCAGCAAGACAGUCUCGAACGCACAGGCCGAACGCGAGAAACGACAAGCUGAGCGCCAAAAGAUCAAGUCGGCCGUAAAGAUCCAGCGGGUCUGGAGGGGUCACAGAACAAGGGCAGCGUUGCGUGAAUCUCAGCGAGCUGCAUUUGAUAAACUCUACGCCUCAGAUGCUGCUGGCAGCCCCAAAGACAGACUUCCUCGGGCUUUUCCUCUACUCCUCCUCGUUUUCUCAUCACGACGAGAUGACGACAUUCAACGAGCAAUCCGCUAUGCACGUGAUACCGAAUCUGUCCCUCUUGAAGCGAUUGUCCCAUCCAGAACCCAUCCAGCGCGCCUAGAACGACUUGUUCGACUUCUUGUUGAGGCGCUCGAUACGUCCGUUUCGACAGGGCAGUUAUCUGAAGAUGCACAGCUUCUUGGCAAGCUCGCGAUACGAAUAAUAGCCAGUUCACCGAAUCUGGUUCUUCCCUCGGUCGAUAGAUACUACACGGUGAUCGCGAAAUUGUGUCAGGCCCAACAGCUGCCCGGCCAGUGGCCAGAUAUUGUGCUACAAGCUCUAUCUGCACCACUAGGAGUUGAUUCUGCAAGUGGAGCUUCGAGAGUCUACCAUGCAUACGCCUUUUCUUUCCUCACGAGCAGCAACCUGUACUUUUUCGAGACCAACAUUGCUGUCUUAUCCAAGAACAUCUCUCUCCCCGAUUUAUCGAGAGCGAUAAUAGAAGGACAGCCUUCUGUGUCUAAUGCCCAAAAUUCAGAGGAUGCUCUCCUCUGGCAGUUGGCUCACUUCAUCGACUUGGGCCGAUCCAGCACCAAUAACACCACGGGCUCUGCAAUUCUAGAAACUCUGUACACUCAGCUAGCUGCCCUUUCUUCCGCUAUCAGUGUUCGAUUGUCAACAAAGUCACCAAAUGAAGGGUCGAGUGACGACGACGCCGCGGAUGAGCAUCUCGUUCUGGAUCCGUAUAUCGCGACCAAGUUGACAUCCUUGGUGGAAAGCAAUGGCAUCUCGCAGACACUACGGGACUUUUCUGUCAACCUAGCAGGAUCUUCACAUCACGAAUUUCAGGGUGUAAGCCUCUUGGCAGGUUACAUAUUAACCUUGCUUCAAUGCUUUCCAGCCAGCAGCGACGAUAUUCGAAUGCGUCUAUUUCUCGAGGAGAUUCCUACACCCUCUGGUGAUGUCCCAACAGUCAAGUUUCUGUGGGGUAUCAUGAGGAAGACUUCAGUGUUCAAUAAACUAAUGACAGGAUCAGAACAGCCUAUCGACGUGCUACGCAGGUAUUUGGGCGUGACGCCGAGUACAUCAGGCGCCUCGAGCAGCUCGGCCGAGGAGCAGGAUUGGCGGAUUAUUCUUUUGUUCCUUGAGCUUUAUAUCUUUAUCCUGCGACUAAGCGACGAUGAAGACUUCUUCAGUGGGAUCUAUCCACAGCUUUUGCAGAGCAACUCAUCGACAUCUCGAAUUCGAUCCUGCAGCUUGUCACUGGAAGACGUCAGGCUGCUUACCAUGUUCCUCAAAAACACAGCCUUCACCCUUCAUUACAAGGCCCAGGAACUCUCCAAGUCUCGAGAAGCACUCGAAGCAGCUGCCAAGUCUCGCGUGAACUCGUACUUGGGCGCCUCGAUUUCUCCGCCAGUGCAAAAUGCCACCGCACUUUCUUCACUAAAAGGCCCAGCAAGAUUGGGUUUGGACAGUCUGCGAAGCAUCGUCACUGUGGCGAUGAAGAUGCUUUACGAGAGAGACUCCAGAAAGCAAUUCCUGCCAACGAACCAUUGGCUCAUGACGGACAAACUUGACAAGGAAGACUUUAUCAGCGCCGUAAUUGCAGAAGAGAAACGACAGAAUGAGGAAGACUCUGGAGACAGCGAGGAUGAGGAAGAGGAGGACCCUCUCAGAGUCUUUUCCACAUUCGGCGGCCAGAGUCUUUCACGGCGUGUAAGACUCGAACAACUGAAAGCCCAGCAAACCCGAGCCAUGAGGGAGCGGCGGUUGGCAGAGAUGGGACCUAAGCUGGAGAUUCUCAAACACAUGCCGUUUGUAGUUCCCUUCGAAACCCGAGUCAUGAUAUUCCGUCAGUUCAUUCAGCUCGAUCGAGGCCAUCGGGAAGGCAAUAUGCCUCGCCACUUCAACCCGUUCAACAAGCAUCACGCCCAAAUCCGACGAAAGAGACUCUUCGAAGAUGCGUACAAGCAGUUCUACGAGCUUGGCGAGGGUUUCAAAGACCCGAUACAAAUCACCUUUGUAGACCAGUUUGGUACCGCUGAGGCAGGCAUAGACGGAGGUGGCGUCACCAAGGAGUUUCUCAUCAGCGUCACAUCAGAGGCUUUUGGCAACCACGAAGGAGCCGGCAUGUUUGCCUCGAACGAGAAGGGGCUAUUGUUCCCUGACCCUACCGCCAUGGAUGUUCUCCGAGAGUCGUUGCGGGAGAGCGGGCUAUCCGAGGAGGAUCCCGAGUUCAGAGAGUUCGUGACAAGUCAACUGAGACGGUUCGAGUUCCUGGGCAGAAUUGUGGGCAAGUGCAUGUACGAGGGUAUUCUGGUCGACUUGGCCUUUGCCGGCUUCUUUCUUCUCAAGUGGGCAUCGACUGGCCCCAACGACGAGAACAACUACAAGGGCAGCGUAAACGACCUUCGAGACAUGGAUGAGGACCUGUACAACGGAAUGUUGCGUCUCAAGAACUACUCAGGAGACAUCUCGGAGCUGGGCAUCGACUUUACCAUCGAAGACCAGGUCUCUCAGCCAGGCCAACCUGUCAAGACCAUCACCAAGAAGCUGAUUGCCAACGGUGAUCAGGUACAUGUUACCAACGACAACCGACUACUGUACAUUUCGUACGUUGCCCGUCAUCGUCUGGUGGUGCAGCCCUCUCUGCAGACAGCAGCUUUCCUCCGUGGACUUAGAGGCAUCAUCCGCCCUUCGUGGCUCUCCAUGUUCAACCAAUCUGAGUUGCAGCGCCUCGUCGGCGGUGACUCGUCCGAGAUUGAUAUCGAUGAUCUCCGCCGCAACACUGUCUACAGCGGUCUGUACGAGAUUGGUGAUGAUGGUCAGGAGCACGACACGAUCAAGCUGUUCUGGAAGGUGAUGCGCGGGUUCACAGACUCACAACGUCGCAGCGUGCUCAAGUACGUCAGCUCGACGCCGCGAGCGCCGCUGUUGGGCUUUUCACAACUGAAUCCCAAGUUCAGCAUCCGCGACGGCGGGACAGACGAGGACAGACUUCCGAGCACGAGCACGUGUGUCAACCUCCUGAAGCUGCCGAGAUACAAGACCGAGGCGGUGCUUCGGGAGAAGCUGCUUUAUGCUGUUACAUCGGGCGCUGGUUUUGAUCUCAGUUAG